GAUUGUAUGAGAUAAAGAACACUGACACUCUCAUAAACUAAGGCUCCCACUCCCACUAUUGGACCAGGUCAUAAUUCUUCUCUGUAUAUUGGACCGCAAUGGAAUCUUUAUAAUCUCUUUGAGGCCACCCGGAGAAAGGCCAAAAUAGGUGCUCAUUCCUGAUUCCUCUGUUUUCUACGCCUUUCCCCUUGCCUUUACUGACAUCACUUAUGUGCUAUCUUUUUCGUCACACAUCUAAACCAAACUCGAAAGGCUACUUCCAUUCCAUCCCCGCCUCCAAAAACCAAUUUAACAAUUUAACUUUCCAACACCAUUAUUCUACUAAUUCUCCUUGUUCAUCUGCAAAGAUUGUGCCUUUGAGGUGUGCGAUAGUAAGGUUGAUGGAGACCCAAGAAGGAAGUGCUUCAAAACCCGUUAUUGAUUUUCAUGACAUCAACGAAGAAUUGGUUCAAAAGAUGGUUUAUGAUGCUCUUGUCUGGAGCUCUCUCCAUGGUCUUCUUGUUGGUGAUAAAAGUGUUGAGAGAUCAGGAAAAGUACCUGGUGUGGGGAUGGUACAUGCCCCAUUUGCCUUGGUGCCCGUGAAAUUCCCAGAAAAUCACUUUAAGUUAGCAUGUGAGGUUGCGCCCAUAUUCAACGAACUUAUUGAUCGUGUGAGUUUGGAUGGAAAAUUUCUGCAGGAAUCGUUAUCCAGGACAAAGAAAGUAGAUGUUUUUACAUCAAGACUUUUAGAUAUUCAUUCCAAGAUGCUGGAAAUGAACAAAAUAGAGGAAAUACGAUUGGGUUUACAUCGCUCUGAUUACAUGCUUGAUGAACAAACUAAAUUACUCCUCCAGAUAGAGCUAAAUACAAUUUCCUCUUCAUUUCCUGGCCUCAGUUGUCUCGUCAGUGAGCUUCACAGGAACUUGCUUAAGCAUUAUGGAGAAUGGCUUGGAUUAGAUUCCAAAAGAAUACCAAGCAACAAUACUGUUAAUCGGUUUGCGGAGGCUCUGGCGAAAGCUUGGACCGAGUAUAAUAACCCUAGGGCUGUAGUUAUGGUUGUUGUUCAGCCUGAGGAGCACAACAUGUAUGAUCAACAUUGGCUUUGUGCUGCAUUGAAGGAAAAACAUAAUGUAACAGCUAUUCGGAAAACAUUGGCAGAAAUUGAUGAAGAAGGGGAACUUUUACCAGAUGGAACACUCCUUGUAGGUGGCCAAGAAAUUGCAGUGGUUUAUUUUAGAUCUGGGUAUGCACCAACUGAUUAUCCUUCAGAAGCAGAAUGGAGAGCUAGGCUACUUAUGGAGCAGUCAUUAGCCAUCAAGUGUCCAUCCAUAUCUUAUCAUUUGGCAGGCACAAAGAAGAUUCAACAAGAGCUUGCGAAGCCUAAUGUGCUUGAGAGAUUUCUUGAGGAUAAGGAGGACAUCACCAAGUUGCUUAAAUGCUUUGCUGGCUUGUGGAGUUUGGAUGACACAGAUAUUGUCAAAAGAGCCAUUGAGAGACCUGAGCUGUUUGUGAUGAAGCCCCAAAGAGAAGGCGGAGGGAACAAUAUCUAUGGUGACGAUGUGAAGGAAAACCUUCUAAGAUUGCAGAGGGAAGGAACUGAAGAGGAUGCUGCUUACAUCCUCAUGCAACGAAUUUUUCCAACUGUUUCCCCCACAUUUUUGGUGCUUAAUGGCAUUUCUCAUAAAGAUCAUGCAGUAUCAGAACUUGGAGUAUACGGCGCUUACUUAAGGAACAAGGACAAAGUUAUUAUAAAUGACCAGUGUGGACACUUGAUGCGGACAAAGGUGUCAUCAUCAAAUGAAGGUGGAGUUGUGGCUGGAUUUGCAGUCUUAGAUAGUAUAUACUUGAUGGAGCAACUUUAAAUUUCUUAUGGACUCAAAUGCUUCAUAAUCGACCAAUAUAUAUGUCAGUGUCAUUCAGCACCCGGUCUGACAGGUUUGAGAAAUAGCACGGUUUUUCCUUACAAUUCUCGACAGGAAAUAUUGGCAUGGAGGACUUUACCUUUUGUUUCCAUUGUUUUGUUGGCAUAGCAAUGCAAUUGUAAUGAAUUGACACCAUUGUUGGGUUUCAUGUAUGUCGUGUUGUCUGACUCUACCGCCAAAUAAAAUUUGAAUAAUUUCCUCCUGU